AUGGCCUCUCUACUAAACGAACCUUUGCUUUCGGACCGACCUCCUUCUACCGAUAUACCAAGCACUACGGCUAAAGGAGAUGACGCAAGCCAAGAUAAGUUAAUUGAUAAAGCAAUUGAGAAUCAAGCGAUUGAGGGUCAAGCGGCUGAAGGUCAGGCGGCUAAGGGUCAGGCGGCUGAAGGUCAAGCGGCUGAGGGUCAAGCAGAUGAGGACGAAGCACAAGAAGGUGAAGCAGAUACAAUACGCGGCGAAAGCGUAGAAGAAGAAAACUUAAAUUUGCAAGGUGAACAAACUCAAUUGGCUACGGAUGCGCCAGACCUUACUUUUGCUGAGCGCCGCGCUACUACAACUCGACAGCUAUCCGAAAUUCUUGACCCUACUUUUGCUGAGCGCCGCGCUACUAUAACUCGACAGCCAUCCGAAAUUCUUGAAACCCCGCGCGGUAUUGCAAGUGACGCUCUUCAAACACCAAUAAACUCUCGCGCAAAUACAGACCAGCACUUAUCAUCUCUUAGACCUCGAUCCGCAAACGCAGUCAGAUAUACUCCGGCUAUUCAAUCCGAAAUGAACAAAGGCAUCGUUCCUGACAAUACUAGCAUGAGUACUAACAGCUUUCAAAACAAUUCUUCUGCAGCUGCUGAACUUUCUUCUGCUUCUACUAGCAAUCGCACUAAAAAAGCUUUCGCGCAAAAAGCUCUUAAAGGGUCUCUCACUGUCCCGGGCCCAAUUAUAGCUACAAAAACCGCGACGAGGACGAUGCCUUAUAGUGAUACAGAUGAAGAAGAGCAAGGCGAUGAUGAGGAAAACUCAAGUGAAAAUGAUAUUCCUCUUUCUCAAUACAAAAGAGCUAAAAAAUCACUCUCGACGGCUAGAGCUGCUCGCUCCGUUCCAUCAGCUGGCAAAUCACCUUCGGCAGCUAAAACUUCUUCUCGUCAAAAAUCCAAAAAAGGCAAGUAUCUUAAGAAGUCUGCAGUUGUUGCGAAAAAAGGAGGUCUAAGCCAACGAAAGCGCCGUCGCUACAAGCCAGGAAACUUUAAAUUUCAAAGCGGUGCUUUAGAAUGUUUACAAGAAGCUUCAGAGGCAUUCUUCGUAAGAGAGUUUGAAAUGACGAACUUAUGUGCUAUUCACGCUAAACGAGUAACGAUUCAAAACAAGGAUAUGGCGUUAGUUAGGAAAUUGCGGGAAAUCAUGACUGGAAGUUUUGUUUAG